CGAGUUUCGCUAGACCCCUGUUUUCCUCGUUCCGCAACAAUGAAGACACAGGCCCAAAGCCGUAGGGCCGCAGCUGCUGGUGUUGCCCUCGUCGCGCUAGCCAGCAGCCUGCUGCCUGCCAGCGAGGAGCCAUGCGGGAGCGCAGAUGCGCCGUCCUCUGGCGUCCUGGUGUGCGACCAAGAGACGGGAGGUAUCUCGCACGAGAAUACCGGAGGAGGGCAAGUUCAGACCGGGGUCUCGGUUGCGUUGUUUUGGGAUGCCCUCGCCGCCGCGAUUGGGCGCGGCUCAGAGAACUUGCGCGUGAGGGCCCCUGGCGGGGUCCAGGGACCGAUUUUGACCGCGUUGUCUGAAUUGCCGCUCCUCCGAAAAGAUCCCCAUUGUCCCGUUUGAUUUUGAGGCCGCCGUCCAAGCCAGCCUGGAACAGAAGGCUUUGGAGGAUGCAGCACCCCGUGCUAUGGAAAAGGAAAUGCAGGCUUCUCUGUCCAAGUUCAGUGAGACAGCUGCAAUCGAUCGCGAAACUCCCAAAGACGGGUCAUGCUUGUUCCACGCGCUCAGAGCAGGGGGUCUCUUUUCUCAGAGGGCCCUCGGCGACGUGCGCCUGAGCACUCGAGACCUCCGUAAGAUGGCAGUGAACGAAGCCAGCGACCAGCAGGUUGCCAUUGCAGCUGCGAGCAACGACCCGUCCAUGUCCGUGGACGACUACAGGGAGGGCAUGAGGAAUGGGGAGUGGGGCGACAAUUUGAUGCUCGCGUGCUUGUCGCGGGCUUUCAACAGGGCCAUCACUGUCAUUUCGAAGGACACAGCUCGCACCUUCUUGCCAGAUGGCGAAUCCCCUGGCGUUCUGGAGGACGCAGCUUGGGUAGCUCAUUAUUCUGAGGUUCGCUACUUCGGAGUGAAGCGCGGCGGCGAAGACCCCGAGCCAGACGCAGGCCCGCGGAAGCGGCUGGCAGGGAAGCAGAGGGGGACCUCUUUCGAGGUGCGCCUGCGGCAGGACCGUAUCGGGAAGACGCAGAUGGCGAGGAGGGCACAGCGACUUGGGGACAACAUCAUCGCCCUGCCUGCGGCUCGCCCCGCCCCGUUUCGCAACCCCCGUGCAUGCCAGCGUUGCAGCGUGGCAGCAAUUAUUGCAUCGCAUGCAUCACUGUCCGUGCCGCAGCUGUUCUAGGCUUAGAGAGACGAGCUGCGCUCGCGUCUAGCUGAGAGAUUGACUGACCAGCG